CAGGUCCCGCCUCCACCGUGAUCAGGUUAGUGUGCGCCGCGGGUGCUGGGGGCUCGAGAACCGAGCGGAGCUGGUUGAGCCUUCAAAGUCCUAAAACGCGCGGCCGUGGGUUCGGGGUUUAUUGAUUGAAUUCCGCCGGCGCGGGAGCCUCUGCAGAGAGAGAGCGCGAGAGAUGGACAUGGACAAACGGAUUCAUUUAGAGCUGCGGAACAGGACGCCCUCUGAUGUGAAAGAGCUUGUCCUGGACAACUGCCGGUCGAUCGAAGGCAAAAUCGAAGGCCUCACAGAUGAAUUUGAGGAACUGGAGUUCUUAAGUACAAUCAACGUAGGCCUCACCUCAGUUGCAAACUUACCAAAGUUAAACAAACUUAAGAAGCUUGAACUAAGCGAUAACAGAAUCUCAGGGGGCCUGGAAGUAUUGGCAGAAAAGUGUCCGAACCUCACGCAUCUAAAUUUAAGUGGCAACAAAAUUAAAGACCUCAGCACAAUAGAGCCACUGAAGAAGUUAGAAAACCUCAAGAGCUUAGACCUUUUCAAUUGUGAGGUAACCAACCUGAACGACUACCGAGAAAACGUGUUCAAGCUCCUCCCGCAGCUCACGUAUCUGGACGGCUACGACCGGGACGACAAGGAGGCGCCCGACUCGGACGCCGAGGGCUACGUGGAGGGCCUGGACGACGACGACGAGGACGAGGACGAGGAAGAGUAUGAUGAGGAUGCUCAGGUAGUGGAAGAUGAGGAGGAGGAAGAGGAGGAGGAGGAAGGAGAAGAGGAGGAUGUGAGUGGAGAAGAGGAGGAGGAUGAAGAGGGUUAUAACGACGGGGAAGUGGACGAUGAGGAAGAUGAAGAAGACGGUGGCGAAGAAGAAAGGGGUCAGAAGCGAAAACGAGAACCUGAGGAUGAGGGAGAAGACGAUGACUAAGUGGAAUAACCGAUUUUGAAAAAUUCCUAUUGUGAUUUGACUGUUUUUACCCAUACCCCC